AUGGUGGAGCGAUUGCCUGAGGACCGCGCGCGCUCGAGGAAUGCGGCGCGCGCGCGGCCCCGGAGCGCGUGCAGGGCUGUAGCGUGCGGACCCGCGGGCCCUCGGGCGCGCGCGCCGCUUCCGCCCGCGCAGCUCAGCAGCACCUCGGGGAUCAAGCGUAGGCAGCCCGGGGGUGGGGCCGUAAGCGGGGCCGGAGCCGGGCCGCGGUCUCGGCAGGGCCGCAUCGGUUGUCAAGGGAACGGCGGCCUAAGUAGGUGUGACGUCAGCGGGCGGAGAGCUGGCCGCAAUGCGGCGAGGGGCCGAUUCCCGGAGCCUGGAUUUCAGGCGGCUGCCUGGGGUGUGUGGCCGCUGAUCUGCCAGCCCGCCCUUGCUGGGGUGGCAAGCUGCUUCGCCCAGCCCGGCGUCGGCUCCGGUGGGACGGGCUGUCGGCUGCCCUGCGCUCCCCUCCCUUUUGACACUGUUAGAAGCAAUCUUCAGAAAAUUAAAGGAAGAAAAAGGGAAGAAGUAGUUGCUGCUAGCAUUAACACCCCAAAGAAGAACAUGCGAGUCAUUAAAAACAAACUGAGCAAUCCACAGUCGGCAGCUGAAAAUCCAGAUGAUGGUGUGAGUGGAGAGGAAGACAAGCAAGAAAAGGCGAACAGGAAGGUUACAAAAGCAGUGUGCCAGGUGCCUGCACAACAGAUGGAACAGGGCACUCCUGAGAAGAAGGCGGACUCUGUACACCAGAAAGCACGGACCAAGUCACAGCCAGCUGUUGCCCAUCAGAAAAACGAGAAAGCAAAUGAAGAAAAAGGAAAUAAUUUAGAUGAGGAAGAACUGAAGCAGGUGUACCAGCUCCAGGUAGCUGAAGAAAUGGCAAAGGAGAUCAAGAAGAAAAUAAGAAAGAAACUCAAAGAACAGUUGAUGUACUUUCCCUCAGACUCUUCCCUGCAUGAUGACAAACUGAUCAGUGAGAAGAAAAGAAAGAAAAAAAAGAAAGCUCCAGUCCUGUCUAAUGCUGAAACGAGUGUACUGAUCUUGCGUGACACAGUUGAAGGUGAACAAAAGAAGGAAGGUCUGGCUGGAACAGUUACUUCAGAUAAUCAUCACGAUGAUGAAAUAACCUCGGUGGAUCAAAAUGUGGAAGACAGCGUGCAAGAUGACACAAAAUCCAAACCAAAAAAAAAGAAAAAGAAGCCCAAAGCAGUUUCAGAUGACAACGAAGACUCUGAUGGCGAUGACGGUGUGCACGAAAUCACAAGUCGGGAUAGUCCAGUGUAUCCCAAAUGUUUGCUUGAUGAUGACCUUGUCCUGGGAGUUUACAUCCACCGAACUGAUCGACUUAAGUCAGAUUUUAUGAUAUCUCACCCGAUGGUAAAAAUUCAUGUGGUUGAUGAGAACACUGGUCAAUACGUCAAGAAAGAUGAUAGUGAACGGCCUGUUUCCUCUUACUUUGAAAAAGACAAUGUGGAUUAUAUUCUGCCUAUUAUGACCCAGCCAUAUGAUUUUAAACAGUUAAAAUCAAGGCUUCCAGAAUGGGAAGAACAAAUUAUAUUCAAUGAAAACUUUCCCUAUUUGCUUCGAGAUUUUGAUGAGAGCCCUAAAGUCAUCUUGUUCUUUGAGAUUCUUGAUUUCUUAAGCAUUGAUGAAAUUAGGAAUAACUCUGAAGUUCGAAACCAAGAAUGUGGCUUUCGGAAAAUUGCUUGGGCAUUUCUCAAGCUUCUAGGAGCCAAUGGAAAUGUAAACAUCAAUUCAAAACUUCGCUUGCAGCUCUACUACCCACCUGCUAAGUCUCGAUCCCAUUUAAAUGUUGUUGAGGUUUUUGAAUGGUGGUCAAAGUGUCCCCGAAAUCGUUAUCCAUCAACGUUGUACGUAACUGUAAGAGGAUUGAAAAUUCCAGAAUGUGUAAAGCCAUCUUACCGUCCAGCAAUGGCUCUUCAGGAGGAAAAAAGUAAACCAGCGUAUUGUGAACAACACCAUGAGUCAAGUUCAGCAGACGCAGAACCUGGGUUGGAAGAUUCCAAGGAAGUAGUAAGGUGGAAGCGGCUGCCAGGGCAGGCUUGCCGUAUCCCAAACAAGCACCUCUUCUCACUAAAUGCAGGAGAACGAGGAUGUUUUUGUCUGUCUUUCUCUCACAAUGGAAGAAUAUUAGCAGCAGCCUGUGCUAGUCGGGAUGGAUAUCCAAUUAUUUUGUACGAAAUCCCUUCCGGACGUUUCCUGAGAGAAUUGUGUGGCCACCUCAAUAUCAUUUACGACCUUUGCUGGUCAGAAGACGAUCGCUAUAUCCUUACUGCAUCCGCUGAUGGCACUGCCAGGAUAUGGAAAAAUGAAAUAAACAAUACAAAUACUUUCAGAGUUUUACCUCAUCCGUGCUUUGUUUACACGGCCAAAUUCCAUCCCACUGUAAAAGAACUGGUGGUUACAGGAUGCUACGAUUCUGUGAUACGGAUUUGGAAAGUUGAUAUGAAAGAUGAUUUUGCCACAUUGAUCCGACAGUUUGACACUCACAAGAGUUUCAUUAACUCUCUCUGUUUUGAUAUUGAAGGUCAUCACAUGUACUCAGGAGACUGCACGGGGGUGAUUGUCGUAUGGAAUACCUAUGUUAAAGUGAAUGACGUGCAACAUUCAGUGCGCCACUGGAGUGUGAAUAAGGAAAUUAAAGAGAGUGAGUUUAAGGGGAUUCCAAUAAAUUAUUUGGAAGUUCAUCCCAAUGGAAAACGUUUGUUAAUCCAUACCAAAGACAGUACUUUGAGAAUUAUGGAUCUCCGAAUAUUAGCAGCAAGGAAAUUUGUAGGAGCAGCGAAUUACCGGGAGAAGAUCCAUAGUACUUUGACCCCUUGUGGGACUUUUCUCUUUGCUGGGAGUGAGGAUGGGAUAGUGUAUGUUUGGAAUCCAGAAACAGGAGAACAAGUAGCAGUGUAUUCUGACCUGCCAUUUAAGUCACCCAUUCGAGACAUUUCUUAUCAUCCACUUGAAAAUAUGGUUGCAUUUUGUGCAUUUGGGCAGAAUGAGCCAAUUCUUCUGUAUAUUUAUGAUUUCCAUGUUGCCCAGCAGGAGGCUGAAACGUUCAAACACUACAAUGGAACAUUUCCGUUCCCCGGAAUACACCAAAGUAGAGAUCCUUUAUGCACCCCUCCUAAACCGCCUCAACAAGGCUCUUUUCAGAUUGACGACUAUGUCCACACUGAGGACUCUUCAGUGAAGAUGCAGCAAGUGAAACAAAGACUCGACUCUGUCACAGAGGUGAUACGAGCCUGUGCUGAAAAGGUCAACAAAAAUCUCUCGUUUGCUUCAACAUCAGCCUCCUCACAACAGUCUAAGCUAAAACAGUCAGACAUGCCGGACACUCGCCACCCAGGUCUGCGUCAGAUUGGUUUCACACAGACUGGAACUAUCAACACAGAAAAAAUGCCUUGUAACCAUCACGUAGAUGCAGCACCAACGGUAGUGGCUCUUUAUGACUACACAGCGAAUCGAUCAGAUGAACUAACCAUCCAUCGCGGAGACAUUAUCCGAGUGUUUUUCAAAGAUAAUGAAGACUGGUGGUAUGGCAGCGUAGGAAAGGGACAGGAAGGUUAUUUUCCAGCUAAUCAUGUGGCUAGCGAAACACUGUAUCAAGAACUGCCUCCAGAGAUAAAGGAGCGAUCCCCUCCCCUAACCCCCAAGGAAAAAAGCAAAAUGGAAAAACCUUCAUCUUCUCAAAAGCAGUCAGCCAACAAGGACAAGUCUCAGGAUUUCCAAAGGAGCUGCGAAUCUGUGACACAUUCUCCAGUGGGCAAAGCACAGAGCCAUGAGGACCGAGGACAUGUGGCGGACACGCAGGUGAACCAGAACGAGCAAACGGGCCGAAAAGUCACCCUCAUAGAGUAAAGAGUUGAAGAAGAAUGAAAAGACAAAGAACCAAAUACAUAGAAGUGAAGUGACAAAUUAAAUCAAAUGGAAUUUCUCUUCAGAGUUCAGAAUUUUCAGAAACUAAGGAAGGAAGGAAGAAUCCACUGUUCUCGUCCAUAUGAUGGAAUCUAGAAAAAUCAGAAGCAAGGAGGUAUGCUUAGAAAAAUAAAUGUGGCCUUUUGAGCUUAAUUGUUAUAAACCAUUGUGAUUGUUACUGAUCAAAGUAUUGGUACUUGUACUUAUUAGUAAUUAUAUUAAAAUUAUGUUACUGUUGUUCAAAACCAAUAAACACCAUAAUUGCUAGUCAGCAAAUGUGAAAAAAAGUGUUUGUGUUGUUAGUCUCUUCAUUAGGUAAUUAUCUAAUACUAUGUCCGCAAUGUGGGAACAGAUGUGGUGUUAUAUUCAAAAUAUGAAGUAUCUGCUUCUGAAAUGUAAUUUUAUUUAAAAUAUAAGCAGUUUCAAAAUAUUGUAUAUUCAAAAUGGUUUCAAGUAAGAAAGGCAUAAGGAGGGAACAAAUUUGUUUUGAAUGGACCAUAUGUAUAUAACUUGAUACAGAUGAACUAAAAUGUCUUUUGGCUAGACUGGCAACAGCAUUCCAAAUUUCUUUACUUAAAAAAAGCAUUUCGUAUUUAAGCAUAUAAGUAUUUCUAGAUAUAACAAUGUUUAAUAUUUAUUUUAGUCUUAAUGUUUGUUUUAAAUGGUUACAUUGCAUUAUUUAUUUUUUCAAUUCCAGAAUAAUGCCUGUCAUUACUAUGUGACUAUAUAUUUUGGAGUGUAAUGUUAUAACAGAGAAGUUUAUUUCAUUUUUCUUGACUUCUUAUUUCUCAACUAUGUGAGUAUAAGUCUGUCAAUGAAAUAUUUAACCCCAAAAGGUCAAAACUAAUGUAAAAUUAGAAAACUUAUUUACCAAAUGAGACAAUUGAUUCCAUUAAAAUAAGAAGUGAGAAAAACAGUGCUGGGCACUGAGGUGUGAACCCCGUCCAGAUGUACGCCCGAUGCGAAGUAUCUUCUAGUAAAAACACAUUUGGCUCUUAUCCCUACACAUGGUGCAGCGGCAUGAAAACUGGUAAACAGGCCCCUGCUGUGUGGAACUAAAGGGAGGGGGCAUUUUUGAAAGUGGUGAGUGGUGGUGAUGAGUGCAGAAGCCGUCGGGGACAGCACAAAAGUCUGUUGCGACAGUAGCGAGUUCUCAUUGUUCUGGAUGCUUCUGUCCGCCCUUCAAGUACAGCUGGGUGCAGCCAGCUUGAGCCACCCUUGUACAAGCGUGUGUUUUCUGUCUCGUGACUGCCUUGGAUAAUUAAAUAAAAACGUGCGGCUCAUAAUUUU